AUGGCCGCGCCACAAGGACCCGGCCCUCAACAGAUGGCAGCAAUGCAGCAACAAUUCGCCGCCGAGGCUGCCAAACGAGGGUUGACACCAGAGCAAUUCGCCCAGAAACAGCGCGAACAGCUCAUCGCUGACGCUACAAAACUCGGAUUGUCUCCGGAACAAUACGUUGCUCAGCUACGAGCGCGGGCCAUGCAGGCGCAUCAGCAACAGAUGGAAGCGCAGAAAGCCCAAGCUGGUUCUCCACAGCCUGGACAGCAGGCACAAAUUCCACAGCCUGGUAAACCUCAGCAAACUACACAACAGGUGCCCGUGAACCCGAAUGCCCCCGCCGACCCUAAGGCCUUGGCUUUGGCCAAGUUCUUGCGGUCGCAAGACUUGAAGCCACGCGCUUGUAUAAUGGAUGGACAGCGGAAGGAGAUUUUCAAAGUCAAGCGAGCUAUUCGUGCCAUUGAGUCCCCCGCCUACGCGAAAGCCGCCGCAAAGAAGAACUCCCUCCUCCCGCCCGUGACAGACCGCGCCUCAGCCGAGAACGUCUUCAAGCUCCUCCCACUAUCUCUUCUGGCACUGCGAAUCAGCAAGAUUGACCCACAUGCCGGUCACGACCAUGCCAAGCCCAAGAACCGUGUUAAGGGUCUGUGGACCGUUAAGAUCGAACAGCACCAGGAGGUUGAUCCGAUGAUGCACUAUGUUUGGCUGUGGGAAGGUUCGCAGUGGAAGCAAAAGGCUAUGGCUGCCGGUGUUGUUGCCGGUAUCUUUGCUGUUGUGCUCUUCCCUCUGUGGCCGAUCAUGCUGCGCCAGGGUGUUUGGUAUCUGAGUGUUGGCAUGAUGGGUCUCCUUGGUCUCUUCUUUGCCAUGGCAAUUGUCCGUCUAAUAUUAUUCUGCAUUACCGUUGUCGUGGCUUCUCCUGGUCUUUGGCUGUUCCCGAACCUGUUUGAGGAUGUUGGGUUCUUUGAUAGCUUCAAGCCGCUGUGGGGUUGGCAAGAGAACAAGAAGAAAAAGAGCAAAAAGUCCAAGUCGAGCAGCUCUGACGCUGUUGCCAUAGAACCUGCCCCCUCGGCAACUACCACAUCUGCUGAGCCUGCCGCGCCAUCUUCGGAACCCGUAUUGCGGGAUUUGACUGCAAGAGUUGAGGAAGUGGAGGAGUAA